GGCAGGAAAGGGAGCUGUUGGAGUCUCAGUCUCAGGGAGAGGGACCGCGAUUAUCCAGCUCUCGAUCAUCGGAUUAUCCGGCAAGACCGCCGUGUCCUGAUGCUCAGCUAAACCAUGUCAUUCGGGAUUGAAUUAACCGAACGGAAUACUCUCUGGCAACGCCCUUUGGUUAAUCGAGGUUCCUCUGUGUAGCGUUCCUUCAGGGAGCGGGGAUAACGCAGCCAUGCGCCGGAGUCAGUGAUCCCGAAACACCGAGCAGCGUGCGAAAUGAGGGCCAGGGCCGGGCCCGCAAACCUCCAACUCGCCGUCCUCCUCUUCCUCCAGUGGGGCUGGCUCCCCCUGGGCUAUACGGCCGAAGAUCAGCCCCUGACGUGGGAUGAGAAUGGCUACGUGGUCUACUGCCCCUGCAUGGGCCGAUUUGGGAACCAGGCUGACCACCUCCUGGGCUCCUUGGCAUUUGCGGCGAUGCUGAAUCGGACCCUGGUGGUGCCCCCUUGGGUGGUUUACAGCCAUCAGACGCCUCCCUACACAAACGCCCACGUUCCGUACGGCGAGUACUUCCGGCUGGGAAGUCUCCAGGAGUUCCACCGGGCGGUCAGCAUGGAGGAUUUCAUGCAGGAGUUAGCACCGAAGCACUGGCCCCCGGAGGGGAGGGUGGCCUACUGCUAUGAGAUGGCAGCGGAGAGGAGUGCCGACAGAUCGUCAUGCCCCAUGAAGGACGGGAAUCCCUUUGGGCCCUUCUGGGACCACUUCAACGUGGACUUUGCGCGCUCAGAGCUGUUCAGCGGGAUUGCCUUUAACUCGUACUACAAGGCUCAUUGGCUGGACAGGUUUCCAGCCUCCAAACACCCCGUUCUGGCCUUCCCUGGGGCUCCAGCACAGUUCCCUGUGCUGAAGGAACACCAGUAUCUGCAGAAGUACGUUGUGUGGUCAGACCGAAUCGCCCAGGAGGCUGAGAACUACAUCCAGGCCUUGCUGCCUAGGCCUUACCUAGGCAUUCACCUGCGCCUCGGGGUGGACUGGAGGAACGCGUGUAACAUGGUCAAGGACGGCACAGCGGGGCCACACCUCAUGGCGUCACCGCAGUGUGUGGGUUAUAACCGGCAGACGGCCCGGCCUCUCACCAUGGAGAUGUGUUUGCCUGGUCUGGCCGAGAUCAGAAGGGCAGUGACCACCUGGGCGCGAAGGAUCAACGCCAAGGCAGUGUACAUCGCCACGGACUCCGACACCUUCAGCGCUGAGAUCGAGAAGGCCGUGGGCAGCCAGGUGAAGGUGGUGAGUCUGGAACCCUCCCUGCCUCAGACCGACCUCUACAUCCUCGGCCAGGCCGAUCACUUCAUCGGGAACUGCGUGUCCUCCUUCACCGCCUUCGUCAAGCGCCAGCGGGACGUUAAUGCCAAGCCCUCCUCGUUUUUCGGCAUGGACGACCCACCAGGGCCCCGGGACGAGCUGUAAGGCAGGGCUGAAGGGUGGGGACGGGGGGAG